AUGGCACAUACCCAUUCGUUUUUUCACUCGGCGGCCGAAUCGUCGAGCGAGUCCGGGGACGAGGGGGGCUCGGGAUCCGGGAGUAUAGAGGAAGAUGGAAAAAACUUAGCAGUGAGUUCACCGGCAUCCGACAAGCUGAUCGAGGAAGAACGGCAGGCCUCGAACGAUGCCAAAAAUGAGGAGACCGAUCGCUACCUGGAGAAAUUGCAAGAGCCAGCUGUUCCGGAAGCCGUCGCAUCUAAUCCAGCGCCAACCUCAUCGGAGGCAGCCGACAAAAUCGCCGACGAACUAAAAGAAUUCCGAUUCCUAGCGCUCAUGGGGGAUUACGCGGGCCGAUUCUGGAACAUCCUGAAGAGCGCUGCCGCCGCCACCAACCGGGACGUGCCAGACAGCGUGGAGACUAUGCGUGACUCUCUUCGCCUCGAGGAUGUCAUCGGCGCAGGUUAUCAUACUGAAACCCUUGGCAUUUGUCUCAAACAUCUAGAAGAAGAGGGAAAAACAGCAACUCCCGACAUGGCACGUUUGGCAAUUGAGAUCUACACGGAUAGGAACCUGAGUUGUCAUUCGAAAAUUGGGAAGCGCGGUGUCGCUCGCGACCUGCCCGCACUGGGUAGGGCUAUCGCCAAGGACAUUGUGACGCUCGACCGAUUUUUACCGGAUAACCAGCGACCGAACCGUCAGACAUUGGAGGACUUGAUGCGAUUCUACAGCGUUAGUGCAGCCUGGUUUUACGCCACGGGCGGGGACCAGACGACGACAGCGCCCCCAUCACCACCCACUCCCGAGGAUCACAGCGAUGCCUUCAAGUUUAGCGGUCUCAGAGAUGUGUCGCCCGUCAAGUCAAGGUCAGUAUCGCCGAGCGAGAGGACGGUUUCCGGGUCCUCUCAGCUUUCUUCGAAUCGACCUUCGGCAAAUCCUGAUUCCGCGACGGUUGAAGAGGGGCCUCGUGCCGAUUACGGCAUUCUGGAGGUCAUAGCAAAGCUUCAAUCCACAGGGUCUGAGAAGGCAAGUAUAGCGAUUGAGGAUUCGCGUAAGAGACUUCUGGCUACCCUGGAUUCCCUUGAGCAUGAGGAGGAGCCCCGGCGGAAGAGGGGGCGUUAUAACUAA